AUGAAUAUCCGUUCCGUGGUUCCUGAAUGGUUGCUGGACUUACUCAUGGGUUACCUGGACCCAGCUGCGGCACACUACUCUCGCCGACCUGAGCAUUACUUGCACCGACAGACAUGGUUGGACACCUUCCUUAGUCCCGAGCAUACGAUUGCAGCAUUCCCGCAAUAUCAUGUUCGAUUUGUCGAUAGACGCCGAUGGCACAUCAAAGACAAACUGGUUGCCAAAGGUAAAUACUACAUACAUGUUUCAGAGUUUGAUUUUUGA